AUGAAGCAACCCUUAAUCAGGUCCCAGUUCGCUUGUACCUACAAGGAUGACCUGAUGACUGAGAAGAAGGGUCAGCACUUCUUCAGUAGGAGCCAAAUCCCAACUUGCGUACAUCCAGCACCAAAACAAAUGCUUUCUCUCUGUUUAGAAGCUGAGACUUUUUCAGAAGGUGUAAAGUCACCUCCUGAAAGACCAGCACUUGGAACCAGUUCUGAAAAUGUUCUUCAGAACAGAAGUAAAAGUGAAAAAGUAAAAAGUUGUCAGCCAAGAAACAAGAGCUCAAAGAGGAAACACAUGGCUCUGAAUAGUGAGAAAGUCAUCUGCAAUAAUGAAAAUGAACCAUCUCAGUACACAAAUGUUAAGAGACCCAAGAUAUCAAACAUACUACAGGAGAAAUUGGACAGCAGACUAGAUGGAGCACCAAAAAGCAACAAGGCUACAGCCAAAAAUAAAUUGAUUGCUGGGUUUGGAGGCAGUUUCCCAUCUGAAAGGAUCAGUGCCGCAAACGCCAAUAGAUAUCUUCUCUCCACCACUGACUGGCACCAAGGAGAGACCUGGACCAGUGCCUACUUCUGUUUCAGACAAUUAUAAUAAAUAUCAUUAGAGGUUCAUGAAAACUUACUUCAAAAUAGAAGUUUACCAAAUGCUUUCAAUUCUCAAUCAAACAACAAAAUUCAUGUUUUGGAUCAGUUUGAACCAGUUUGAUCAAAAUAGCAGGCUCUCUUUGCUCUCUUGUGGCCAGCAUGAAAUCCUAGAGCUAUAAUCCAUCCUUGGAUGGCUGAGGGAGGAAGGAAGAUAAGCUUUGGUUUAGGUUGAGCCUUUUUAAGAAAAUAAAAAAAACACUUAUCUGUGAGUUGGGAAGGGCACUUUUCUUCCCACAUUGUUGUUACUGAGGACUCUGCAGUUGCUAUUGUUUGGGGAGAAAGUCCUAUUAUCUAAAAGUCAUGGGGUAUGCUGUCACCAAAUGAAUGCCAAUUUUUUCGGGUAGGCUAAAAGACCUAAGACCUCCUCCUUGCUAAAACAAAGCUGUCAGUUGAGAGAAGAUCGAAAAUACAGCCCUUGGCCCCUUUUAAAAUUUAGCGGUGUCUGUCUGAUAGUUGAAGAAAAUGAAACAUGCUCAGUACGGUCUCCAACUCACAUUACAAAAAGCACAGUUGCUAUUUAUGGCUGUAGUAUCAGGUAAAGUCCAUAAAUUGUGGUCAGUACAGAUCGUAGAGAGUAUACUUGGCUUUUUCAGAUUUGGAGUAGCUUCCAUGGCUGCAGAGACUGAGCACAAGGUAGCUUCUGUCAGUCUACAGCCUCACAAAUUCAAUAGGUGCAUCUGUGUCCAAUGCAUCUAGGUGUUCACAAUCUAAAUAAAAUGCAUAUUUUUCCUUUUAGGCUUCAAAUACUCCACUUUUGGCAGAAAACUAAAAUCUUUUAAAUUACGACAACUAAGUUCAUAUUAUAAAUUGCUGCCUAAAAUCUUGUCUGUUAUCAAAUGACCUUUUCUUUUCAUGUUUAAUAUUAACAUAGUUCUUCUCAGUACCGCUUACAUCAGUAAUUUACAAUUAUUUUGAGUAACUCCUCCUGCUUUUACAUGGAAUCGUGUUACUGUGAAAUCAGACUUAAUCUAAAAUCUAAUGUGAAAUGCAAAAGUAAAUAAAUUUGGUCGAUGACGCUUAAUAUAGCUGGAACUUAUCUUUUAUU